AUUCCUAGCAGCCCUAACAGCAAAAGAGCAGUAAUAAGCAUGUUCCCUUUGCAGCCUGGAUUUACCCGGCACACUAGACUGAGUUGAGUCACUUAUGGUUCAGCGUGUUGUGGGAACCCAGCCAUUGUCUGACGGGUUGGGGGGAACCCGGCCAUCCGGGGAAUAGUUAAUAUGGUUGAUUUGCUUUGCUAUGUGAAAACUAUAAAUGGGGUUUUGUUAGCCUGGAUUUAGAGGGUUAGGAUUAGAACCGAGAGUACCGCUGGACUUUAAAGGGACUGAAACGUGCAGACACAGGUGGCGUGUCUCUUGCGGCGGUUUGGCUUCUCGCACACGUUUCCUCCGCCAAGAGGAAUUGAACGACGCUCCCUUAGCAGGGCAGGACCCAACCCUCUCCUAUGGCUGGGUCCUGAUUCAGAGGUUAGGAAUUUGCAUCUGAUUGCUAUUUUGUCAUCCUAUGAUUUGUCUAUCCAGCUCUGUGCACGCCUUAGGCAUCGAGGGAGGAGGAGGAGGAGAAGGCCAUGCAAUCGCUUGUGAAGGGAAACUUACUAAUCCGAGCCAGAUAAGGGAGGCGGCAUUAAAAGCGACGCAAUUAAAAAAAGGAAGGAAGAAAAAGAAAGGGGGAGGGAGAACGCCAGCCAGAAAGAAAAAAAAGGAAAAAAAAAAAGGACAGGUCUGUCUGGAAGAUCAAGGGAAGCAUCGCGCGUGGAAAGCUGAGCGGCCCAGCUGGAUCAGAGACUGGAUUCCGGGGAAUAAAGGAACCAGCCAGAAGGAAAAAUGAGGCUCCCCUCGCCUGUCUCUCUGCAAGGACAGGUUUUUCACUGAUGCCUAGAUGAAGAAGAGGUGGACAACUCACAGUUUGCAGAUUGCCUCUAAGCCCUCCUUGAAUGGAAAGAAACGUGGUAAAAGAACAGGGUUAAGCUUCAGUUCAAGUUGGCGCAAAGCAACGUGGUUGUGUAGAACGUGGGACCUUGAACUUCAGGAUCACGGCUGAUUUUUUAAAGCAUCAUGAUAUUUGAAUAGCCUUUUAAAAAAUAUCUGUGCAAAUUUCUUUCUAUACAAAUUGACUUGCUGUCCUCCUACUGCUGUGGAAAGAGCCACCUUUUGGAAGUGGUUAAUGGUGCCACGGGCUUCUCCCUAACUCAUAAGACAGUGCAGUCUUGUAACCCUUUUAAAGUGGUUGCCCUCCCCAGAACAUCUGGGGCAAAGGGCAUCUCCCAGCAUUCCUCACGGCGCUGACCCCGACUGAUCGCUAUUCUACAGCCCCCCCACCUCCUGUGCAAAGCAUAGGCUCCUCCCCUUUGGAGCCUUGCUCCGCCCUUCUGACUUCCUCUGCCAGGACACUGCCCCCUGCAGGCAGAGCCAUGAAGCUGCAGGCCGUCAUGGAGAACCUGCAGCGCCAACAACGUGCCCGGCUGCAGCAGGAGAUGGAGGCGCGGCAACAACAGGAUCAGCCACAGGCCAAUCCUCUACCCCUCCCUGCACCAAAUCAGACCACCAUGUUGUCAGCCCCUGGCGUCACAGCGUUGCCCCGUGGCCGCAGCCAGGAUCCUCCUCUCUCUGAGGAGGGGGGAGAACCUGACAGCGCCCGGAUCCAGAGGGCACAGAUGGCAGCCCUGGCGGCUAUGCGGGCAGCUGCGGCUGGCCUCAGACAGUCAUCCAGCCCAGUUGGGUCAGAGGAGAGCCAUUCUUCAGAGGAAGAAGAAGAGCUUGUAGGAGAAGAAGAGGAAGAAGAGGAGGAGGAGGAAGAUGGUGAAUACCCCCGAGAAAUGGGCUCAGAAGAAGAGGAGAUGAAGGGCAAGUGGGUUGAAGAUUUUGAAGAAGACCUGGGUGAGGAGGAGGAGGAGGAGGAAGAAUACGAGGAAGAAGAAGAAAUGGUGGAGGGAGGGCUUGGCUCCAGCGCAGUGGCUACAUCAAGCCCUGGCACCCCAUUUCUACACAAACAACAGACCCCCCAGCAAUACCGAGGAGAACCUUCUAGACUGGUAGGGGGGCAGGAACGGGGCCAUUCUGGGAUUCCCCAGCAAAGCCUGUCACAGCUGCAGCCCCAAGUCCUGGACCACGGAGAUUGGACUUAUGAAGAGCAAUUCAAGCAGUUAUAUGAACUUGAUGGAGAUCCGAAAAGAAAGGAAUUCCUGGAUGACCUCUUCAGUUUUAUGCAGAAACGAGGGACCCCUGUGAACCGAAUCCCGAUCAUGGCCAAGCAGGUGCUGGAUCUUUAUAUGCUCUAUGUUCUGGUGACCGAGAAGGGAGGCUUGGUGGAAGUGAUCAACAAGAAGCUGUGGAGGGAGAUCACCAAGGGUCUGAACUUGCCCACCUCCAUCACCAGCGCUGCCUUCACACUGCGUACCCAAUAUAUGAAGUACUUAUAUCCAUACGAGUGCGAGAAAAGAGGGCUGAGUAACCCCAAUGAACUCCAAGCAGCCAUUGACAGCAACCGGCGAGAAGGCCGUCGGCAAGGAUUCAGUGGUUCAAUCUUUACUUAUUCUCCCAGUGGCACUCAUACCAUGUUGUCUUCACCCAAGCUUCAAGUACCAACCUUGGGACUGACCUCAACCACUAAUGGCAGCCCCAUUGCCCCUGUUCCAAAAAUCAAGAAAGAGGAAGAUUCUGCGAUUCCUAUUGCGGUGCCCACCCGCCUACCUGUCUCACUAGCAAGCCAUCCUGUCGUCGCAGCGCAGGCUGCAGCUGUGCAAGCAGCAGCCGCCCAAGCUGCUGUAGCUGCUCAGGCUGCCGCGUUGGAACAGCUACGGGAGAAGCUGGAAUCGGGAGAGCCCCCAGAAAAGAAGAUGGCACUUGUGACAGACGAACAGCAGCGUCUGAUGCAACGGGCAAUCCAACAAAACUUGCUCGCCAUGACUGCUCAGCUGCCAAUGAGCAUCCGGAUCAAUAGUCAAGGAGCCCGCUCACCAGAAAACCGCCAAGACUCUUCCAUGAAUCUGGCUGCCAACGGCACCAGUAGCAUUAGCAUGUCAGUCGAGAUUAAUGGCAUCGUGUAUGCAGGAGUGUUGUUUGCCCAAACUCCAGGAGCCUCGUCUUCUCACAAUAAAGGAAGCGCCAACAGUGGGCGGAGUUCCAGCAGCACUGGCAGUGGUGGUGGUGGUGGUGCAACAGGUGGCACGACAGCAGGUUCACAAGUUGGUGUGGCCCCUGCACCGACUUCUACCUCAACCAACUCCUUAUCGCCUUAAACCCACCACCUCUUCUUCCUCCUCCAUCCCGCCAAAAUGAAGACUCUCUGUUUGGACAGGACGUUUUGAGACCAGCCAUCCCCUUCCCUGUUUCCCCUGUGUGCAGUGGGGGAGUGAAAUUGUGCCUUCCCCACCCUUCGAUACCCCCAGGCAUCAGGGCCUGCGCGAUACAUUUGGAUGAGAUUUUCUUGGAUUUUGGGGCAGGAUGGGGGGGGGGUAGGAUCGGUGAUGAACCUAACCGCACGUGGCAUCCAGCCAUGGACAUUGAGAGGUAACAAGAAUUGUGCAGGUGGUUUUUAAAGGUGCAAACUCCCCCCUCCCCACCCGGGCAGCAAGGAGUUCAGGGAUGGUACUGUCCCAGGAUGGGACAAGGAUUCAGAAAACAAAGUGCAUUUUUUCCCCCAAUGUAGCUGAAAACCAAACACCAAACAAAAUUCAGGGGAAGUGGAGUACCUGGAAUGAUGGUUUUCUCCUGUCCUCCCUCCUCUCCUGCAUAUUUCCCCCCCUCCCCUUUAAAGCAUUCUUUACCCACUUAGUAUUCUGUGAUUAGGGUUGUGCUUCAUGGGGUCCUGGGCAUCGCAGUCCCUACCUACCCAGAGGACACCAAUUUGGGGGAAGGCUGUUUCUAGUGAACACAUUGGAAAGAACAACCACACAAAAGCUAAGUGGGGUUGGAGGGGUGUUGUUAAAUUCUGAGCCGGAGCAAUACUGUGCAGACUAGCUUUUUGACGUGAUGCAUUGUAGAUCCAUAACUCCUUACCUCAUGCAAAUCCACACUUUGCACUGUGUGUCCUUUUGAUUUUGAUUUUGUUUUUUUAAAUUAUUCUUUGGGAUACCUCCAAAUAGCGGUGGCAGCAGUAGCAGUAGGUGUGCCUCCACUCUCACAGGCUUGCUUUGAAAUGGAACCCUAAAUAAUAAUAAUAAUAAUUAAAAAAAUACAAAUAUCAAGGAUUUCACAGAUUGAGGAUAAUUUGGGGAAAGUUUUAGUCCUUGCCUUUUUUGAAAACUGCUGUCAAACUAUUUAAGGAAAAUGAAAGGCGGGGUGUAAAUACAGUGUUUAUUUUCAAUAGCUAUCUCUCUCUCUCCUCCCCCAAAUCAGACCCAUAAGCAAGCUUCGUGUCUUUGCAUUUGUUAAGGAAAGCACCUCUAAAAUAGGUUUCUUUUUUUUUUUUCUUCUGAUGACAACAACUCUUUGGAGCUGUCAUUCUUCCUCUCCCCCCCCCCCCAGAUCUGGGUAGGGCUUUGAGGUUGCUCAGGUAGUUUUUUGUGUGUGGAGUGGGUGGGGUUUGAGGGGGCUAUGGUAGCAUUUCAUAGGAUAAUAUUUUUAUACAGAGCUACCCCACCCCAUGUAUGGAUUGUACAUUUGUGAGAAUGAGGACUGAAAGGAGCAGCCUGCCAGCUGUUUAUUUGUUGGCUCUCUUCUAAUUCUUUAGCUUAAUCUACAGAAGAUUCCGUCUGUCAUAUGGUCAGAGUGGCUGAUUACUUCAGCGGUUUCUUAAAAACAAUUUAAAUAGUAGCAUUUACCUGUGGCAUAAUCUCUUGCAAAGCUGCUUUUGUCUAAGCUUCUUUUCAAAGCACACCUAUUUAGAAAACAGAUGAGAGUGGCAUAGUCACUAUGACUUCUCUCAGGCUGGUGGGAAUUAUAACCACAGAAUCCCCAAACACAGUUCUCAAUCAACUUGCAGCUACUAAUAUUUCCCCCCCCCCUUUUUUUUUUCUUUGAAGACCAUAAUUUGUUAGAAAGAACUCUAAACUCCGCAGACUGUGUUAGGAUUGGCUUCCUUGCCAGCGCUCAGAUACGUUUGGAACUGGGAAAUUAGAACCUUGUCACAGGUUGUCCUGUGCCUCCAACGGUAGUUUUAGCAAAACUUGCCUGAAUAUUAUACAGGGUUGUGUGGGGUUCUACCAGUCUCUUGUGCUGUUGGGAUCUUCAUGGUACUCCAGAAUCACUCCUGCCAUAUUUAUAAUUUCAUUUACAAGGAAUCAAAGGGUCUUGCAGGACACAUAUCCUCCAUUAUUUCUAGCAGAGAUCACUCAAUUUUUGCUCCUUAGCUCACUCUUCUUGCAUCCUUUCUUUGACUUUGAUAUUUGGAUUUGUUUUAGAAUAGCUGUGUGAGAGGCAUUUACCUAAUUUCCCCCCCCCCCACACACACACACUGCUUUUUUUAGUAACAAAGAGCAUGACAGGAACAGCUUGGUCCAAAGUUUAGAAAGAUAGUUUAGAAACAAGAUAUUCACAAUCUCAAAAACUAUUGUUUUUCAAGGACUCCGUUUUCAGAUUUUCUUUUCCUUCUCACCUCUUCCUUUAAUGCAUUUUAGGAAAAUACAUUUCCUUUGGAGUUCAGCAUUUUCAUUCCAAAAGGCCAGUGAAUCCCAAUAACAUCAGCAAGAUAUUCCUCAUUCACCUUUGCAAGGGCCCUGUGCCUAUUUUGAUGGCUCUUUCCUCCCACAUUUUAAUUUGCUGCUGAGGGAAGUGGAUCCUGGUGAGCAAUUUGGUUAAUUCCCUCUUUCACAUUCUCCUAGGUAUAUGCACUCCAAUUCACUCCCUUUGUGCCCUCUGAAAGUAUAAUUUAUUUCAGCCUGUGCAGUUAAAUGACUGCUGCUUUCAACGAAACAGGGCCUCUGUUUUAAGAGAGACCCUAUUGGUGGAUUUAUGCGAUAUGAGACAGAACCUUGAAAAUUAGGCAGAGACUCAGUUGGAAGAUGUUGCUUUAUCAUUGACCUCCUCUCAACAUUAAUCACAUACUGUAGAGUCAAGAUUUCAUUUUGACAGGUUUUAAUUUUCUGUGUGGUUAGUCUGAAGCAGGCGCAUAUUCUUUCUGCCUCUUCAUUACUUGGAUUUUAAUGCUAUUGCUUAGUUGCAUCAUACAGUAAACUGACAUGCAGUAACCCUUUCCCUCAGGACUGGUUUUUUAAGUUGGAUUCUGAGAUACUGUAAUUGAUUCAGCAUAACAGAAAGUAUUUGAGUUAGAUGUCAGGAAGCAUUUUUCAGCCUCAUUGAAUAAUCCGUUUUAGCCAAUUGGGUGACCCAGACAUUGGAAAAAAGAUGCCAAAGUAGCAAGGGCUAACAUGUGGAAAAUUCACAGUUGUGGAUCUAGCAGCUUUUGGGCAUGCUAAGAAUGGGAAAAUUCUUAUUUUCAGCAUCUACAAGUACCCAAAGGAGUGCACUUCACUUUGGGAAGCAGAGUGUCCUGGCCAAGCUGAACCAUUUCCCACAGUUAACAGAUCUCAGGCGCUUCACUUUAUAUUGGGCCCUUUUAUUGUAGGACAACUUUUCAGCAUUGCAGCCCCUCCCCUCUAAUGCUAGAUAAGGUGAAACCUCUUGGUCACAAUGUUUCCAGAUCUAGAAACAUGGGGCAAAGCACGUCGUCUCUAAAUGGUGACGAAGGAAGACGGGUUCGCUUUUUGAGAGGAAUGGAGUGCUCAGCCCCACAAGCUGCCACACACGGGAUUUUUCCAUUCUCAGGAUUGCAGAGUAUCUCAUAGAGGGAAAAAAAACUUUCUUCAGAAAGUGAAAUCCAGGAGAUUGGCUUCUAAGGGGUAUAGAGGAACUGCAAAGUGGCUUAAAUAUGAAAGGGAGAAGAAGAAAAGUGGAAUUGCUGAAUCUGACCCUUUUUAGAUGGUACCAAACAUUCUCUUUUUCUCUCUCUCCUUCCAGAACUCUGUUGACACAGGUAGGAGAAUGCAAAAAGAGGGAAACAUGGCUGUUGUCAGCACGCUUACAAAAAAGGCUUUUCCUCUUCCUAGUUAGAUGCUGACUGGGUUGGAGGAAGAAGAGACACAUUUCUCUGUCCUCUUGUGGUCAUUGCCAGAGGGGGUGUCUGUGACCUAUAGGCAGCCAAAGGGAGGAGAACAUUGGGACAAGGUGUCCCUCAUAAUUUCGUCUGUGCUCCAUUGGUUUGAUAACGGGGUGGUAUCAUAUCCCAAUCUGGAAGCAUUCCUCUCCCUGGAAUGCUCUGACACUUGAAGACUUUCUGUGAAGACUAACUACGAAAUCGGAGCCUUUCCCCUCGUGCCUUUAUGCUUGGUAUUUUCUUGUGUUUGCCGAAUCAGCGUUACCCAACACGAUUCUCUUCAGAUGUGAUAGGACUGCAACUCCCAGGAUGCCCAGACAAUGUGGUGUAAGGUCACUCUAGGAAUUCUGGGAGCUGUGGUGCUAUCACUGUUGGAGAAUGUCCAGCUAGGGAUGACUUGGUGUUUAGGGUUUCUGUGAGAUCUGGAAACUGUCUGCCCCUUAGUUUUUCUGAUCCAGUCUACUUGCACAUCUCACUGGGUGAAGCCAGCUGGAAGUAUCUGACACUUUUUCUGCAGAAGCAGACUACUUGAGAAUAUGCCUCAUUGGGCUUUAAAAAGCAAAGAGUUCUCAACUUUUAUUGAAAUUUCAUAGAGUAAAAUGGCUAAAACAGCCGUUUUCUAGAUUUUGUAUUUGAGGCGGGUUUUGUAAGUGGCAGUGAAGAAAUCACUACUUCCUCCCCCAAAAACCUUGAGUUGUAAUUGCCAGUAAGGUCCAUCAGUAUCUAUAUUCUCUGCCACAUAGCCAGCAUUUUUUAUUUUUGUUUGUUUCAUCUGCUGUACGAGUCUGAUUGUUUCAUAUCACAACUAUUUUUUUUUAAAAAAAACAACCCUGUAUUUUUACAGUUCUUAAAAUGAUUGCCUGAAUUUGGCUCAAGACCUAUAUCCCUGCAGUCGAUGCCCAGGAUAGAAUUAUUGUGCAAAAUUGUUCUGCUACAUUCUUUUCUUAAGCAAGUUCCCUAGUUUAACCUUAGCUGUAGGUAGGAGAUAUUUAACAGGAGCAUAUCUGUGUGUGGAAUAUAUUCACUAUCAAGUAGGUAAAAAACAUCUCACACAGGGCAGAAAGAGGGGAGGAAUUGCUCCUAUAUCCUACACUGUUCUGUGAAAUAAGGUGAGCCGAUUGUUCUGUGUCCCUGCUUCCCAAAUAUGCCUUUGCUAGAUUGGUUAAAAUGAGUGAAAGCAAACCCUUUCGUUGUGACUUAUGAAUUCUUGUCGUCCUCCUUUUUCAUCCCCAACAGGAACUAUUUUUUACCUAACUUCUGGAUGGACCAUCUACUUCCAGCAGCAUAGAGAGGAUUUAACAAAGAGGCAAUUCAGGUAGCCAUUUUGUGAAAUUUUAAGCCAAGCACUGCUCCAACCUCUGUUGGCAGCUUGUAGCAAGACAAAGGCCCUCUUACCUUCCUUUAGUAACACAUACAUAAAUGUCUUUCUUGUGUUUGCUGUUCCAUUGUAGGAGCUGCAGUUCAAGUAAUUAACCAUUUCCUAUUUCACUUGAAUAAGGAAAACAGUGAUUAUUAGCUUUGGAAUAAACUAGGAUAUUAAUUAACCCAGCUUCAAAUAAUGCUUUAAUGUUUCAGAGUAUUCCAGCUUUUGACGAUCAGUUCAAAUUACAAGGAAGCUGGUUAAAUAGACAACUUUUUGUUUGCUUUGUUUUAUGUGACAAUUGUGAGGCUUGGCAAAAAGUAUGUGUGUAGUUCUUCAGCCAUAAAAUUGUCCAAAUGUGGCCAAACCUUUAGUGACAGCUUUCAGGAGGUACAAAGUGCAUGUUAUCACUCUUGGUUCCUCAUUUUGAUAGCUCCUUCUUUGGAAUUCACUGGUCUCAUUCAAAGUAAUUUAAAUCUCUGCCAAUUUUGCGUGAGAGACCCUCCCAACCUGUGUUGUGUCCACUGAGUAUCUGACUCUAUUCAUUAUCGGUGGGUGGGUUUUGGCAUUUUUCCCAUAGACAUGAUGAAAGAGGGUUCUAGUGUGCAGGUGGGUGGAGAAGAUUCUAUAACUAAAUUUAUAUAAAUAUACAUAUAUAUAUAUAUAUAUAUAUAUAUAAAUAUAAAAUGAGUGUGUAUGUUUGUCUUUUUUCCCUUUUUUGAGUGUAAUUGUGUGCGUGUGCGCGUGCGUGUCUAAGAAACGUAUAAAAUUUAUUUUUCAGUCCAAGCUUUUGACUAAGGAUUGGAUUUGUAACUCAGGGGAAUAGAACCUGCUGUCUAGAUCUUGAUUGUAUCGGGGGAGGCGGGUAGGGGGAAGGGCCUCGGAACAAGGGCGGGUUAAAAAAAAUGUUCAGAUUUGCUUGCUGUGGCUGUGAUUUAGGUGGUGGUGGGUUUAAAAAAUACGUUCUGCUUGUUCUUAAACUUUCAAAAGCGCUGAGCGCCGGCAUUGGCUUUGGUGUUUCCAGUUAUAUGAGUUUAAUUAUAUACCCCAUUCUCAAGGAACAUUCCAAAUUCUUUAAUGAUUUUGGAAAAGUUGCAUUAGCGCCUUGGAGUUGUAGGCAGGCAGUUGAGAGAAAAAUGGAUACUCAUAAAAAAACAUUGUUCAAUUUCUGCUUUGUUGUUUCUCUGGAGACAGAGGCCUUCUAAGGCAAGAGGGUAGGGUAAAAAGGAGGAGACUUGAGUUAAAAGUGGUGAUGCAAGGUCACCCAGUCUCUUUGGGUAAUAAUUCCUCCUGUUCUACUCUUAUUUAAUAGCACACAUUAUAACACAUUUAGCAUUUUAAAUCCACCACCUUUUUUUUUUUUGCAGACCUCAGGCUCUCCAGCUUGCUCAAUCCACAAUCAAGUUUUGUCUUGGGGGGAGUUUAUUGGCUUAUUUUUAUUCUUGCGAAAGGGGUAAGGGAUGGCUUUAGUUAGUAAAAGAGUGUUUUGUUCUUGCAUUUGUACAAACACUGUGUUGAGGGGGAAGUCUUGAUUUGGGGGCGGGGAGAACAUAAUACUCUCCCCCACUCUCCUUUGCAUAUCAGCAUAAAAAUAAGAUGUAAUUCCAGUUUUUCUCUGGGGAUUUUGAAUGGGAAAAAUCGAAUACAGCAAGGAUAUGCAAUCUGUACAGCGUAUGUAGUUUUUUGACUCAGGUAAUAAGAAAUAAAAAUUGUAAAAGAAACCACAUUCUACCUCUGAAAACAGUAGGUCUGGGGCUGCCUUUUGUCUCCUGGCCUCUGUACUUUGUUUUUGUUUGUUUUUGCUUUUGUUUUGUUUUUUAAAUCACUUUUUUCGCAAAACAUUCAGGUAUUAACCUUUGUGACUUAAUAAAGAAAUAAAAACACUGAAAAGUUUACAUUUUAUAACAUUAUUACAGAUUGUAUUUAAACUUCAGAAAUAUUUAAGAUGAUUGUAACCUUGUAAAGUUUAAGAAAUAUUAAAAAAGAAGAAAAAGAUA